CAACUGAUACUAUUUAUGACUUUAUAAUGAAACUCAAGAAGCCAAAAAAGUUUAACCAAUUUGUAUGGUCCCGCAAUCGAAUAGCCAUUACCUUACUCUUCUUCCUAGGGUUAAGAGCCAGUGAGCUCAUACACAUCACAAAAGAU